CUUUCCAUUGAAUGUGAUUUCAGACAUUAAAGCUGGAGCAAAACUGAAAGACAUCAUGAAGACGGAUAAAGACCGGAAAGACAUGAGGGGAGUGACUGUUAACCGCUUUGCUGAAGAGGCUCCCUCCUCGGGGAUGGCUAAGAAUGGAUACUUCUAUCAGGAGAUGGAACAGAGGGAGAGAGAAGAACACGAGGAGGGGAGCGAGGAGCGAGAGGAGGGCCAGGACUCUCCCAUCCCAUCAGGAGAUGACAUUCAUCUCUACGGCAGCCAGACACACCAAGGAGGGCCAGAAACUGAUGUCCAUGGCUGUGUGCUGCUUAACACGUCUCGAAGGUACGUCAAGCUGAUGAACUUCGAGGAAGAAAUCCGUGCUCACAGAGAUCUGGAUGGCUUUCUGGAGCGGGCCAGUAUCCUCCUCCACGAAGAUGAGGCGUCUCUGGACGACGUGCUGAAGACAAUGCUCCGCCACGUCUCACAGGACCCUCACACCGCUGAGCCUGGCUGCAACUUCGAGGAGAUCAUGAGCUCCCUCUUCACAGACGCUGGUUCGCAGGAAGUCAAUGACAGGUCGGCGAAUUUCAUUUUCUAUGACAACGUGCAUCUAUUGUCAGAGACGCUGCAAUGUGUGACGGCCACAGCCACAGGGAUCCAGUACCAGCAGUCCUGGCUUUGCAUCCUCUGUAAUGUGAAGAACCUGCAGAGGCGGCACGUGUGUAUCUCACGUCUGGAUCGGCCGCAGAACUGGGGGGAAAACUGUGCUGAGGUCCGCUACGUCAUCCUCAUCCUGGCACCUUCAAAGAUGAAAAGCACUAAGACGGCGAUGGAGCUGGGCAGGACAUUUGCCAGCAUGUUCUCCGACAUCUCCUUCAGAACAGAAGCUGCUAGAGAGUAAACUCAAGAGGAGUUCAAAGAGGCACUGGUCAUCCAGAGGUACCACCUGACUGCUGCCAAUUGUAAAACCACGGCUGUGGAGGGCGAAGAGACAGACCCACACAGUCAAAAACCACUGAAGUCUGCAGAAUCUGUGUUCUCGCAUCUUGUGUCUCUCUCUCUGCUGUGCAGGGGGCCCUGUUGUAGGAUUUUUUUCAGGGUGGGCAGAGGAAUCUAUGAGGAUCUGUGUCGUCGGCUGCCUCUCUACCCCUCUGACUUCACUGAUGGUGGAUUAGUGGGUAAUAACAAAACCCUGGUCAAGUUCAUGACGACGUCCAUCUUCCUCUACAGCGCUGUGCUGCUUCCUGCCAUUGCUUUUGGCUCACUGAAUGAUGAGAGCACUCGGGGAGAGAUCGAUGUUCAGAAGACGAUCAUCGGGCAGAGCAUAGGAGGAAUUAUCUACUCGCUGUUUGCCGGCUCUCCUCUCGUCAUUCCUAUCACCACAGCGCCCAUCGCCAUUUUCAUCAGUGUGAUCAGAGGGAUCUGCGAUGAUUAUGACCUGGACUUUGCAGCGUUUUAUGCCUGCAUCGGCCUGUGGAACAGCCUCUUCCUCAUCAUAGGAGGACUCUUCAACCUCAGCCUGCUUGUUAAGCUUUUCAAGAGGUCCAUAGAGGAGGUGAUAGCUCUGUUCAUUUCCAUUGCUUUUGUAGCAGACGCAGUUAAGGGCCACUGCAAAAUCUUUCACAAGUAUUAUCACGCCCCCACUCUGGCCAACGGGAGCGCGGCGGAGCUGAAUCGCAUCAGUGGCAGUGUCCCUUUAGGAGAGCUAACCAGACCUGAGGCUGGACCCGUGUCUCUCCCAGAAUCCUUCAUUCGCACACGGGCACGACCACUUCUCUGCCUGUUGCUCAUGAUGGGCACACUGUGGGUGGGAUACACUCUCUACCAGUUCAGGAGAAGCCAUGUCCUGCAUGUGAAGAUGAGAGAGAUUCUUUCUGACUGUGCUCUGCCCAUCUCCGUGCUUGUCUUCUCCUAUGUGGGAUCUUACGUCUUCAACGACAUUGCCUGUGAGUCUUGCCGGUUGUUUAACUUCCAUGAAGGUCCGGUGUUUCAAGUAGCCUCCCUGGAUAAGCUGACAGGAGUGAGUGUCCCUGAGUGCGAUGGGUCUGGCUUCCUCCUCUUCCUCCUCAUCUUCAUCGACCAGAACAUCGUAGUUCCCUCACAAAACGCACCCGAAAACAGGUUACUGAAGGGCACGGCGUAUCACUGGGACCUGACUCUGUCUGGCUUGAUUAAUAUUUUGAUGUCUGUGCUGGGCUUGCCAUGGAUGCACGCUGCUUUCCCACACUCCACUCUGCACGUCGGACAGCUGGCCAUCGUGGAGGAGCGGGUGGAGGGAGGACACCUUUACGAGACUAUAGUGAGUGUGAAGGAGACGCGGGUGACCUCUCUCGUGGCAAACAUCCUGAUCGGUGUGAGUGUGUUUCUGCUGCCGGUGCCCCUGCAGUGGAUCCCCAAACCUGUGCUCUAUGGGCUCUUCCUCUACAUCGCUCUCACCUCCAUUGAAGGUAAUCAGAUGUGCGACCGCAUGGCUCUGCUUCUCAAAGAACAAACGUCGUACCCUCCUACUCACUACAUCCGCAAGGUGCCGCAGAGGAAGAUCCAUUACUUCACUUUCCUUCAGAUGGUGCAGCUGCUGUUCCUCUGUGCGUUUGGGAUGUACCCGCUCCCGUAUAUGAAGAUGAUCUUUCCUCUGCUAAUGUUUAUUGCACUGUCUCUCAGGAACUGUCUACUGCCCAGGAUCAUUGAUGCUAAGUACCUGGACAUUAUGGAUGCACAGCGCAUGUAAACACAUGCACACUGAGCCUCUAAGCAAAGGACUCUGGGAAUUGUAUUUCUGAAAUGCAAAACUCUGGGAGGAAAACAAACUGAUUCUAAUGUUUAACAGCAGGCAUUCUGGUGAAGCACUGAACGAGUAAGAGAGAGGGAGAGAGAGAGAAAGAGAGAUUAGAAAAGAAGGAUAUCUGAGGACAGAGCGGGAGAGGGGGAGGACGAGAUGUCUGUUCAAAACAGAGUAGAAAGACAGACCGCUGUCUGACUGUUUGACUAUUGACCUUGGUCAGUCACUGCUUCUCUCAUGAUCUGAAUAAUACACCAAAGCCCACCCCCUUCUCUCUAGUAUAUUCUGAUGUAUCCAUGCAUCACAACGCAGAUCAGACACUUGAUUUACGACACGUAGGAAACCAUUACACAUAUUGUGCCAUGACUAAAUUACGCAAGUGUUGUUUACUCUAUAGUGUUCUCGACACCAAACACACAAAAGCUGGUUUUUGAACAACAGACUGAACUGAAUCUGUAGCAAUACCUCUUAAUGCUGAACAUUGACUUUCUCCCAGUGCACAACCUCACAUACACAUAUAUAUAUAAAUAUAUAUAAAGCUAUCGUUCGCAAAUUUUCCAGCGCAUUUGGUACAUAUCAGUGCAAACGAGUAAUAAUGAAGUGAGCAUGGACCAAAAGAAUACACUCACCUUAUUAGGAAACUGUGUCUCAUAGCAAUACAGUGGAUUAUUAGAGGCUAUCAAUAUUUUAGAGUUUUCUAAAGAGAGUUUCCUUUCGAGGUAAUAGACUUCUAGUUUGGAUACCCACUGAUGUGUUGAGAAUGUAUCCUAAGCGCUGGGGUUUCAGGGAAAAGGAGAAAAACAAGCAGCAUUUCUGUGGACCUUACUCACUGCUGAAUGGACUAUGACACUUAAGCUUUGCACAUCACAAGACACCACAACUGUGUACCUUCUCCAGUCACACACACACACACACACGCACACACGCACACAUGCACACACGCACACACACACACACACACACACACACACACACACUUUGAGGCAUGAUUAUAAACAAUGCCCAAUAUAAAAGGCACUUAAACACACACAAUCAUGUUUCUCCAUUUCACAAUAUAUAUUUAAAACAGAGAAGGCAUGCCUUUUAUAAGACAUUGAAACUUUUGAUUUGUAUUCCUAUUAUGUAAUUUGUUGUGUUAUUAUUAAAAAACUAGUAAUAAUGGUCAAAUGAAGGUAUAUCCUACUGUGUGAGCCAAAUCCCAAAUGGCACACUUGCAGUCUUACAAAGGCUGUUGUGUGUGCAUGUCUGUCAAGUCUAUGAGACUUUUUAAUGUGUGUUUUGUUAGCUUUCAGAAAGUUGCUCACAAGCGCCCCCUUUUUAUAGCCUCAGUGUGUACAUUAGCCACUGGGGUGAGCCUCCAGCAUACUUCUAACAACAGUCAAAGUGACACAAAUGUGUGAAAAACCGCAAGAGAUCAUGGUACUAUUUGGGAUUAGGCAUCCAUGUACACUUUUAGGCUUGCAGACUUAAAAUGGCUGCUGUGUACAGCUGUCAAAUCCACAAGACCGUAAGGUGUCUCAUUCUUUAUUUUAGAUUUUGGAAGAGUGCUCGCAAAUGGUCCACUAUGCACCCUCGAUGCACUCUGAGGUGAGCUCUGGACAGAUAUUUUCCCAGCAGUAAGUGGCAUUAUAACACAGAAGUGUGGACUCUGCACUUGCCUGUUUAAUCCGUAAGACCAUGUGUCAUUUUAGAUUUCAGAAAUGAGAUUGCAAGUGUCCCCUUUGCAGCCGUUAUGUACCCUCGAUUUUGCUGAGCCCCAUGCAGAUUUCUCCUCAACAGUCAGGGGGAUCACAGCAUGAAAGUGUAGAUGUAAAUGACGACUGGAAGGGUUUAGGGCAUUAACUUUGGUCAUAGAGGGCCAUUGUCUUGCAGAGUUUAGCUCCUGCCCUAAUCAAACACUCAUAAAGAUGCUAAUCAUUCUUCCUCAGCAACCAUGUCUUCAAGAUCACCAGAAAGGCAGGAGUGUUUAAUUAUGAUUGGUGCUAAACUUUUUUGGUCCUCCUGGACCAAAGUUGCCUAACCCUGGUUUAGGAUGCCUUUAAGGAUUGUUACAAUUGUGCAGAAUUGUAUGGAUGCCGUGUGUGCAUGUCCAUUAAGUCCACAAGACUGUAUGGUGUCUCAUUCACUUUUAAGCUUUCAGAAAUGUGCGAGUGCCCCCUUUACAGCCACCAUGCACCUGCAAUGUACUCUUCAGCCAAGCCCAUGCUUAAUACCCUGAUAUACUUCAAACGAAAUCAAAGAACGAACAGAAAUGACAUCAUUUUAAACAAAAUCUCGAUUACGUAAUUGGUGGAUGUGUUCUAGAACCCCAUCAUUGACAACCUAGUACUAUCAUGUGGUUUUUGUAUGGUUCACUUAUGGCGAUACACUUUUCAGAAGAUUGUCAAACCCCCAGUGUACAUUCUUUCAUUCUGAAGUACGAAAAUGCUGGAUUUGCAAAAGAAAAAAGCAAAUUUGCCAUAAUUCUUUCAGUUUCUACUUCGCUUGUUCUAAUUUGUGCCAUUGAAUAGAUCAGCGCUACUGCCACAUGUUUAUGAAACUGUUCUUCACUCACAACCACCAUCAUUGUUGUGUUUAGGAGGUACACACUUGCAGGAUGACAGAUAUUUCUCCUCCCACAGAUAAGGGUGCCGGAAUAUUCUAAUGCAGUAUAUCAUCAUUUAGCCUUUUCAAACUACUUCUGUCAAAGGACAAAUGAAAAAGAACUUUGUUUGAAGUAUAUCAGGGCCUUUAGGCGAGUUUCACUGCAGAUAUUUACUCAACUGUCAAAGCGAUAUUACACCACAAAAAUCUGGACUCAGAGGAAGAUGGCAAGGGCUUAGGGUGCCAUUUGAGAUUGAGCCUCAUGUGCACUUCUGGUCUUGCAGACUUACAGUAGUCCCCGUGUACACUUGUCAGUUAGGUCCACAAGACCAUUGGGUGUCUAAUUCACCAUUUUAGCUUUCAGAAGGGAACUAGCGAACAACACCUUUUGUGGCCACUAUGUGCCACACUGAGCAGACUUCUACUUAACAAAGUGGAAUAAAUUCACAAAAGAGUGGACUAGUUUUUGGAAGGGUGCAUGUGCAGCUAUGUGCCUUUGAUUUGCACUACUUCUAAGCCCACUACUUCCAAGGUGAGCUCCAAGCAUAUCUAAAACCCAAUCAUGGCAUGAAACUGUGAGCUCGGAGAAAGACUGGAAGCAUUAGGGGCCAAUGUGUACAAGUAAGUUAAGUUUGCUGUUUAAGGAUCACAAACUUGAUGGUCAAAGCUACAUUACGGCAAGAAUGUGCGGAUUUAGAGGAAGACUGCAAGAAUUUUGAGUGCCAUUUGGGAUUGGACCAUUGUCAUUUAUAACUCUUUGUAAUCUUUCUGGAAAAAACCCUCUCAGAGAUGUCAAGAAAUCAGAUGAUGCGGUUAAUGAUUUUGACCCAUCGCACCAAGUUACAUUCCCAAAGAAAGUGAAAUAGAUGACGCACAAAUAAAGAAAGAAACUGGGGGCAAAAAAAAGUGAGCACCUGUGCACUUAAUGAAAGGCAAUAUGAGAUUAGAGAAAGCCGAGAUCCAGACCAUAGGUUGAUUUUUGUCAUGAAGAGCUUUAAGCCUCGGAAGAAAGAUUAGAUGUACUAUUGAAGAAGAUCUGGCAGAACGUAAUCAGCAUUCCCGUUUCUCUCUCUAUCUUCCCUGUAACGUUAUCAUGGUUAUUCUCCUUGAGUCCAGACCUCUGGUGUAAAAACAACCUCCCUUCAGUAAUCCCGUGUGUCAUUGGACAUUUCUCAGUAUUUACUGUAAUAUUGAAGUAUUCAACUUUAAUUUGUGAUCGCUCACACCUGGGUGGGACAUGUUGACGAGUUCUGUUCUGUGCUGUUUAAAUAUUGUUUUGGAUUUUUUAUUUUCUAAUCAUGAAUGUAUAAUGUGUAGAUUUUUAUAUAGCACAUAAAAAGAUCCAUUGUCGAAUUGAUUUUGUCAAACAGAUAAGCUAAAUUUGUAAACUGCAAUAUGUAAAAACUAAGGUAAAUAAGAGACAUGUUUAUCGGAAGGAUUGUGUGGGUUUAAUAGGGGUAUGCUAUACACUGAAAUCUAGAUCAUUUCAAGCUGAUUGCCAAAUAAAGAGAUAUAUUGAUACC